CGAACGUUAAACUUCUAGGUACUUAUUACACAACUCUAAACAGCACAAGUAAAAAUAAUUAUUCUACUCCAUCUCAAAUCUCAAAUUUCAAGUAAUUAAUUGGAGGCACAACUCAAGAUGAACAGAAUUAUUCCCUCGUUGCUCCCACCAAAUCAAUUUGGUCGGGUCAGAUUCUCCACUUAUCGCAGUCUUCAUCACGGGUUUACUCAUCUUCUCAAGUACCAAUUCAUCGACGAAGUAGAACCUCUUUGGGUGUACCAACCUGGAGGUUUUCACCCUGUUCAUAUCGGUGACCAAUUCCAUAACCGGUAUCGAGUAGUUGAAAAACUUGGGUUCGGGGACUCUUCGACUGUUUGGCUUGCACGCGAUAAUGAGAUAAAUAAGCUCGUCGCAAUCAAGGUUAGCAAUUGUGGCCGCAAUCUAAAGGAGACAGAUAUAUUAUCAGCUCUGAGAAAUGCUAUCGGAAGCGGCGAGAACCAACGAAACAGCUUCUUUCCUCCGGUCCUUGAUCGCUUCGAAGUACGAGGUGUUAAUGGCGUCCAUUCGUGUUACGUGACGGAGCCAGCUAUGAUCGAUCUAGAAAACUUCAAGAGUUCACCCCUGUACGGAUUCGAACUAGACGUUGCUCGCGUCUUAGUUGCACAGAUGGCACUAUCUAUGGCGGCGAUGCAUAGCCAGGGCUAUGUCCAUGGGAAUUUUCAUCUAGGGAAUGUUCUUCUAAGAUUUCCCUCGUCCGCAUUUCGGGAUCUAUCAGAUCAACAAUUAUAUGAUAAAUACGGAGAACCGUCUUGCGAACCUAUUACUCCUAUUGAAGGCGUAAAGCGACCACCGAACCUCCCUUCUUAUGGUGUGGUACCCGCUUGGUUUGGCGGCAAGGAAGAUCAAACAGUUUCCAUGCAAGACGCAAGAAUCUGGAUAGUCGAUCUAGGUGACGCUUUUGCUCCCCCCGCAGACCCUGAAGGUGUUUCGAGCGGCUGUUUCGAGUACAUGGCACCGGAAUUCUUAUUCAGUCCAGAGAACAGCAAACUUUCGUUUUCGUCUGAUAUAUUCUCCCUUGGUGUUUGUAUGUGGAAUCUCCUUAGCGAGAGAAACCUGUUCGUUAGCUUCCUUGGAAUCGACGACGAAAUUAUGGCGGAUCAUGUUGAUCUCUUUGGACCGAGCGGCAUGCCGAGCUCUUGGUGGGAUAAAUGGGAAAGACGCUCGGAAUAUUAUACAGAGACACGCGAUUCAGUACCCGACUAUGCUAAGGAUGUUCAAUCGUGGGAUUUUAUGUUUAAGGAAUGCAUACAGGACGUACGGGAAGAAAAAAAAUAUCAACAAGUCUCACCCGAAGAAAAAGAAGCCAUCUACGACAUGCUCCGACCUAUGCUUGCUCUUAACCCGGAUGAUCGAUGCACGGCGGCGCAAGUCCUCGAGUCGAAGUGGAUGACACAAUGGGUCUUACCUGAAUAUCAAAAGCUAAAGAAGUAAGACAUAGCAUAUCAAAGUCAGGAAUACCUAUUCAGAUGAAUAAAGUCC